CGCAUCGCAUCGCAGGUACGCAGUGAGCUGAGUGUCCCUCCUCUCAUAUUCAGUGUCACUCAUUCAGUGGGGUGGCGAAAAAACACAUACACAUACUCACUCACACACACAGACCAGGAUCACACACACAGGAUCAAUGAGUCGAUGGAUGAAUUGUGCACACACAGACAACACACAGAUGAUGGCCACGAACGCUCUCGCUACCCACGCCGACCGAUCGAUCGAAGACUACGCACCACCGCCAGCAGCAAAAAAGGCCCGAAUAAAGCAGCAGACAACACACAGCACGCCACGCACCAAGGCACCCAAGGCCAGCCAGCAAGACCCCUGUUUCUCUCAUUCUCUGUCAGCCAAGUUCACUAGUUUGCCGCCGUGCUGGGCGUCCCGUGUCCAUGUGGCGGCAUAACUCCCGGCUGCCUCUGCUCCAGAGGGAAUGGGUUCGACCCCCCGGCUGCUCCCGCCACUGCUGCGACUGGCACCGCUGCUGGUGGUGGUGCUGCAGCUGGUGGUGGGUUGGGCCCCACAUGGUUGGCCAUCUGCAUUCCGCCAGCACCGCUCAUAGGAGUCCCGCCGGCCGCGCCGCUCUGCCAUGGCUGCCCGCUCGGCUGGGGCGGCCUGACCUUUGGCUGGGGGGGCGCGUUGGCCUCUCUGCUGGGGUUGGCCUGCGGGGCUGGCGGUGCUGCCGUGGUGGUGGUUGACGCGAAGAAAUCCGCGUUGAGAAAGUCGGGCGUCGUUGUCUGCUGCUGCUGUUGUGCGGGUGGUCGUGGUUGUGGUUGUGGCUGCGGCUGCGGCUGUGUGUGUGGUGGGAGGGGUCCGCCUUUGCGUGGCUGGUGGGGGUGGGGCGGCUGGACUGCCGUGCGGAUGUCGAGCUUCAUGAGGAAAUCCACACCGCCCUGCCGGUGAAUCUGACGACGGGAACAGAACACCAGCGGUUGGUUGUGAGAGCUGCUGUCGGAGUGUGUCACUUACGGCGUGUCUGAGUUUGCCGACGCCCUCGAUUGCAUUGCGCACGAACUCCUCAGACCGCCGCGCCUGACAGUCACACGUACGCAGGCACACACACGGGGAAUGAGGUCAUGCAUUCGGUGUGUGUCUGCCUGCUUGCUCACCCUGUGAAGUCUGUUGAUGGCCUCUGAUCUGUCGAGGGAGAGGCCGUAAUAAGACAGCAGCUCCUCGUCAGUACGCGGCAACGGACGGCCUGCACACAUAAGGGAUGGAUGGAUGGAUAGGUGGAUGGAUGCAGGUCGAUUUGGCGAGUUGGUAGUAGGAACGAACAACUCACCUGUGCCGCUUUUCUCGCAUAGGAGGAUGUCCUGCAGGCAUUUCUCGAGCUCGCUCUCGCAGCUGAGGCUCCGCCGGCCCUCAGCAGCCAAGUGCUGACACACACAUGACACACACACCACGACACGAGCAGGCAGCGUGUGUUGCGUGCAUCUGUGUGGCCAUGUUGUGGUGUAGGUACCUGUGACUUGUCUUUGAUGUCCUUGACGAACUGCAUGUAGAGCUUGGUGGUCAGCGGGGCUUGCAGCAGCAUCUUGCACGCCCAAAACUGAAUGCGAACCUGAGAUAUUCAAUUUUUAUCCACACACAAACACAAUCCACCACACACAUCCCUCACCCAAUCUCUCUCUCUGACCUCAUCAUAGAUGAGGUCCGAGGCGAGGCUGCUGGUCUUGCCGUGCCUCGUGUAGAUGUCAGUGAUGCCCAGCUUCUGCUUCCUCAGCGCCAGAGCCGUCUUGACCCGGUUCACCACCUCGUCCAUCUGGUGCACAUUGGGCGGCGGCGGCGCCGCCAUCGGCGGAGGGGCGGCCGGCGCGCCGAAGCCGAAGCCGCCCCAGGCAUUGGCACCGGCCGCCGGUGCAGGUGGUGCUGGAGGGGGCAGGGCUUCGUCAACUGGCAUCGGUGCUUGUGGGUUGGGAUUGGUGGGGCUUGUGGCCGCCCCGGCUGCUGCUGGUGCUGCCGGCGGUGGCGCUCCUGCCGCUGGGGGCGGCUGUGGUGGCUGCUGUGGGGCGGCUGGCGGGGGAGGCUGUGUGUAGAAGUGCUGUGGUGGCGGCGGUGGUGGCGGUGGCGGUGUGGGCGGGACGGUGCCUAGGAAGUCUCGCUCGAAGUGCUGGCAUCCCUCGAAGAAGUCCUCGAUCAUCUCGAAGUGGAUGGCGUGGGUCUGCUCGAAAAUCAGGUCGCGCAUCGUCUCGGCACAGUGGAACGCCUUAUCCCUGACACACGCGCACACAGGGAGAGAGGGGGUGGGCGGGUGGGUGUAGUGUGCUGGUGAAGGACAUGUCCAUGCUCACUUGAUGUAGUCUUCCAUGGCUUGCUGCAGCUCCUCGAUGAACUUGUUGCUCUUGAUCAAAAACGCCAGACUCCCAGCCAGCUCACCCACCUCUACCAAACGCACCACCUGUCAGCACACACACACAAAACACAGACAGAUGUGCGCGUCUCUCUCUCUCUCUCUCUCUGGGCAGGUGCCAUCUCGUUCAGGCGCACCUCGUGCACCGAGGCCCUCAGGAUGCGCCUCAGCGCCACAGCCGUUGCACACGCAGACAACCUCGCCAGGUGCAGCAUCCCCCCCCGCACAUUCGCCUGCAGCAAAUCCGCCACCAACGGCUCCCUGACACACACACCAAACACACACAGACGUUCGCCAUCACAAUAAGCGGGCUUCCUCCCGCCCGCUGUCCCUCACUGACCAGUCGGCCUUGUCGACGACAUGCCUGACACUUCGCAUCAUCUGCAGCAGCACGUGGUCGCUGAAGUGCCGGUCGGGCUCGAGGGUGCCCAGGUGGAACUUGAGCCAUCUGCCGAGGUGUGUGAGGGACAGCUGGUUGAGGAGCUUGGUCUGCGCGAAUUCGCCGGCGAUGAGGUGCAGGGCGGGCGGGGCCUCUGCGGCGUUGCGCUCGAUGGCCUCCUGCACCGUCCACUGUGGCUGGGGGUGGAUCUGGUGUGGAACCGUCAUGCCCUAAGUGGCCACACACACAUCUCUGUGUCUGUGUGUUUGGUGUGUUUGGUGUGUGUUCUUCUCUCUCUCUCGCUCACGUCGAUCUGUUGCUGCUGCUGUGCGGGAGGGGGUAUGUCCACCCACAGGUCGUCAAGCCCGACUGUGUAGGAGCCGUCCCCCCCCUGCAGGCCCGUGGGCAGCGGCGAGCGGUAGAUGGGCAGCACCACAGCAAUCCCCGUGUCAAAAGGGUUGGGCGCGUUGGCCCCUGCCGCCUGUGGGUGGUGGACGCUCCGCACCGCCACCCCCUGCAAGGCCUCCCACCCGUCGGGGCGGAAGUACACCUGCCAGCAGUAGAGCCCCGCGUAUGGCUGGAUCUGGUGCUGCCCCAGCUGGUAGCCCUGGAUGAGCUUCGACACCGGGUAAAUCCGGUUCAUCUCAACGGGCUUCUGCCGGAUCUCGCGGGUCUCUGUCGUCUGGUGUGAGUGGCGCUCCGGGGCGUCCUGCUGCGACGUCUCUGUGGGUGAGAGGGCACCGUUCUGCGCGGCGGGGGAUGGCGCGACGACUCGCUGGACGAAGGUCACCUGCACCACCUGCAGAGGGGCGUCCGGGGCGGGCAGCUCCACAACGGUGCCGAGCAGGAAGCCGCCCUUGAUGGACACUCGCACCGGCUGACCCACUUGCAAUGCAGGCAUCUGACACACACACACAUACAGAGGGAGAGGGAGAGGGUGUGAUGAACGGCGACUCCUCUCUGUAUGUCGUGUCGUGAGACCUACGUGAGGUGGUGGUGUGCGUGAAGUGGCGGGCUGGCUGGGGUAUGGCACCGCGGCGUCAUCGCGCCACUGCACCGACUGGCCGGCGUGGCCGGGGCUCGGAGGGUUGGACAUCACACCACGCUGCGCCUAACACAUGAACGUUGAGCGGCGUGACAAGCAAGGAUGUGGUGUGUGGUGUGGUGUGGGUACCUGGAAGAUGGUAGGGAGGGACCUGCCAGCGCCGUUCUCGCCCUGUGGAGCGGCCAGGCCCCUCUCUGGCACGGACCCUCGACGGCUGGUGCGGCCGGUGGGUUUGCCUCGGAUGCGGGGGUUGUGCCCGGUGGGGGAGUUGGGAACCGGCUGCGGCCAUCCAUCCAUCACACACACACACAGAUGAGAUGGCGAUUGCGUGUGCCGCGCAUCGCAUCGAUGUGGUUGUGGUCGUCACUCUCUGUGUCUCACUCACCAUGACUUUGUCGAGGAAGGCGGGAUCGUACUGCAAGUUGUCGGGGAAGAUCUCGAGGGCGAGCUCGUGCCCCUCCUUGAGGUUGUCCUCCAGGUUGCCGCCCCACCGCUGCAGGAAACGGUCGCCCGACUCGGGCAGACGGAAUAUCGUGUAGUUGCCUGCACACACGCACACACACAGAGAGAGAGAGAGAGAGAGAUGUGUUGAUGCACCGGUGAGUGGAUUGCCAAGGCAGUGUGUGUGUGGUGGGGAAGAAAGGUACCCGUGACGAGUUCGGUGACGAUUUGCAUGAGCUCCCUUAGGAAGAGCUUGAUGUACUCGCGGCACGACUGAGGCGCACUCUCCGUCAGAUAAUCCUCAGCCUGAUACCCACCCACACAUCCAUCACAACACAUCUCCCAUUUCGCUGUGGCAGCACGUACCUCAGUGAUUUUCUUCUGCAGGUCGAUCUUCUUCUUGAGCAGCCGCCGCUCGAGGUGCCCGAGCUGCUCGUUGAGCAGCCUCUGGAACUUGGUGUUGAGCUCCUGCUUGAAGAGGUCGAUGUCGAAGUGCCGGAACAGCUCGGCACCGGUGGUGGGGUCAGAGGGCUCGAACGAGUGCUCCAGCAGCUCAGCCACGUCCAGACGCCCUGCACCCAGACAGACAUAGAGAGUGUGUGUGUGUGGGUGCGUGUGGUGUAGCCAGACCCCAUCCUCCCUCCCGACGGACCUUGCAUGAUCUGCUGCUGCAUUCUGUUUUUGCGUUGGUCGAAGUUGAGGUUUUCCUUCUCCUCUAUGGUAAGGGAGAAGAGCUCCAGCAGAAACAGAGGCAGCGCGUUGCCAUUCGGAUCAGUCACCGCACGCCUAAAUCCAUCCAUCCAUCCAUCCAUCCGUGUGUUCGUGUGUGUGUGUGUGUGUGUAUCAGACGUACUUGUUGACAUGGUCGAGCAGCUCGGCCUGCGUCUUGACGUCGUUCUUUUCGUUCCUGAGGAACUCCUUGGCCCGUGUGCCGACCACAAUGGUCUGUUUGCCCUUGAGCCCCAGGCCGCGCGGCGGGUCCAUCAUGAUGAAGUCCCGCAGCUGCCACGGCCAGUUGGCGGGAUCGUCGUUGGCCUUCUUGACCAACACAUACAGGUCGUUGGGGUUGUUACGGACGUAGCCGCGCACCACCGAACGCGUCAGGUCCGCACCUUCCUUCGAAUCGUCCUUGAUGCCCUGCACGGCACAACCACAACCACACACACACGCACACACACAGGUAGGUAGGAAACACGUCACGGGCAUGGGUGUGUGUGGUUGCGUACAGGAAGGUCGACGAAUACGGCGUGGACGCCGCCCGGAAUGGCCAUCUCCAGCUCGAGCUCCUCUCUCGAUAUGGUGGCGGUUUUGCUCAUUUCCUCCUUCAUGACGCCGUGCAGGUCGCCGAGCUCGAUGUCCUUGCCCUGGAAGCGCGCCGUGAUGUUGCUCGUCUCGGACGGCUUGAGCAUGAUGAUCACUGGGUGGGUCGUGCCCGUCGUGGUCGACGAGUAGCCUAUCGGCCCACCCAUUAUGUAAUCCUGACCAAUGCACGCACACACACACACACAAGCGCAUCAGUGGUAUUGCGCCCUGGCGGCACAUGUCAGCCACUCCCCCACCAGCAGGGUGGUCUUGCCCAUGGACUGCUGCCCGAAGACGACGAGUCGCGGCAUCUCGGCCUCCAGGCCGCCAAGACGCAGCAGCUGAAAGCACUUCUGGUACAACACAUUGGCGUCCUGAACCAACCACACGCACACACAGUCAGACAUGAGCAAAGGCAUCGGAAACAAGCGAGAUAUGGUAUUCCUUGCUCCAUCUUCUCUGCCAGCCACGCACACACACACACGCCCACCCGCACGCGCACCUGAAGUGACUGCAUUUGUCCGACGAUGGACUUUGCCGUUUCCAGCUUGUUGCUCUGCACAUCCUCCAGACCCUCCACCUGCACAAUCCGAACACACGAGCAAGCACACACACACACAGCAAACACAGCCCACAAUCAGCCGCACCAGACAGACAGAUACGCCCUCCGAUUCGUUGCGCCCAGGGCAUUGGUUGCGCUUAGCGUACCCGAAAAGCAUGGGAGCUGAAGCGUCCCAGCGCUGCCGUCUCAACUGGUGCCUCCAUCUUGCUUGCGGGCAGUCCCUUCU